AUGCAGUCCCCCGGGAAGCUCUUGUCCACGCUGUCAGUCGCGCUUCUUGUCCUGGCCAACGUCUUGUCAGCCGAUACGCCACCGACGCUCACGUCUCCUUCUUCUCCUUCUUCUUCUUCUCUGCGGUCGAAUGGAAUUGACGCCGAGACUUCGCCAGUGCUCAAGGACAAGAGGAUCGUCGAAAAGCACUCGAAACUCGACGAUGAGAGACUGUUGGCGGCGUACUAUGGUAAGGUGAUCUUGCACCCGUAUUUACAUCACCUGAACAAGGACCCGCCGCACCCGAAGCCGCCGAUGCUCUCUCGAUCGCGAUACGAGGCGCAACAGGCACUUUUGAAGCUCGGAGGCGUGCGCGAGGACCAGCCGUUUGAAACAUGGAUCACGAGGUUUAUAAGCGGCAACAAGAAGGUGCAGACGCCUGUGUUCCAGCACUGGGUUGCGAACGAAUUGUCGCCCGAAGAACUUGCCGAGUUGCUCGAGAAAGCAGGGAAGAGCCAUCAGCACUACGCUGGCUCCAAGCGCAUGGUGGCAAAGUACCGCCGCUACCGCAACGCACCUGCCGCGCGCAGCAAAUCCCAAUAA